GCAUGUGCCAUUUUGCCUCAUUAAUGCUCCGAGAUUCGAAAAAUACGCUCACACGUUGUGAUUUACAGCUACGAAACGGGACGAGAGCUGUGAGCGUCUCUGCGCAGCGCCAGCAGCCGUGCAUUCCCUACACUGCAGCCUCUGCACAGCAAGCAGUCGCGAUGCAAUCGCGUCGACGCGGCGCUGUGGUCGUCGCAUCGCUGCUCACAAGAGCGCAAGCCCUCGACGUGGUGCUGAGCGAGCGCCGAGGCAGCGGAGCAGCGAGGAAAUGGCGGGUCAGCGACCGCAUCACGCCACUCACGAAUCAACGACCAUCGCUCCGCUCUUUGAAGGCCGCGGCGAGGGAUGCAUUGGUGCCCUCGACGACGGUCGCGCCGGAGUACACGCGCUACCAAGCGUGGCACGUCGCACAAGAUCUGUCCACGCAGCUGCGAAGCACGCUGGCGACGUCCGCUGUUUUUCAGGGGCUGGGCAUGGGCUCCGGGAACGCCGCCACCGCGCUGGCCGCCACCGUCGCGUGGCUCUCGCGCGACGCGUCGGGCAUGGUCGCGAGUCUAGCGGCGACCGCUCGGUUAGCCCCCCGCUUAGAUGGAGACUGCCGGCGGUGGCGGUUCCUGGGCGACGUGUGCGUCGACGCUGCUUUAGUUAUUGAGCUCGCGACGCCGCACGCGCCACGAUCAAUGUUCGUGCCGAUGCUCUGCGCCGCGUCGGUGCUCAAGGCGCUCUGCGGCGUGCUGGCGGGCGGCGCCAACGCGGCGGUCAGCGCGCACUGGGCGGCGUCGAGCGCGGAUUUUGCGGAAGUGCAGGCUAAAGGUGCAGCUGUGGGCACUCUCUCGGGGCUCCUCGGCCUGGGCCUGAGCCUGGCGGGCGCGGGGCUCGCCAGUCGGGGCAACCUUGGUGGCGUGAAGACGGCAUGGGCGGCAUUCGGCGCGUUGACGGCGCUGCACGUCGUCUGCUGCGCCGCGGGGCUCAAGAUCCUCCGCUUGCGACGCCUCGGCUGCGCGCGGCGCUUCUACCUCGCCGUCGACGCCGUAGAAACGACCGGGCGGGCGCCCACGCCGGCGGAGCUGGCGGCCCGCGACCGCGUCAUCGGCGCCCCCGACGGCUUUCGGGCCGCCGGCGCGUCGGUGUUGCUGCGGCGCGUCCGCGACCGGCCCGCGCUGCUCGCCGAGCUCCUGCGCGAGGCGCGCGGCCGCUACGUGUGCCUGCCGGGACGGGUCGUCGGCUUGCUCGCCGGCGCGACGCCGCGCGACGAGCGGGCCGCGUUGUUACAUGCGCGACGAGGCGUGGCGCCCGACGAGGCUUCCCUCGACGCCAUCGACGACGCGCUCCGGAAGGCCGGGUUCGAUCUCGACGCGCGAUUGUUUCCCGCGGGCGGGCCGGUGCUUGAAGUCGUCGAUGAGGGCGUGAGUUGACGAGAAUGUAUAGUUACGGUGCUAGGACGAGUAAUUUUAAGUUUGCUAGUGUCUUACAAGCGCUAGCUCGAUUAUUUUUGCCUGCGUGUCUCUCCAAUCCUUGCUCCGUGUGCUGUCGUAUUGCAAGUUCUGACGGCGAGAGUGCUCAAGGUUAUCAUGGCACGUCUUAUCAUCGCAUUGGCGCUGCUUUCCGGCUCGGCAUCCGCCCUCCUUGCACCUGUAGCAAGAGCGCCCAGCCCGGUCGUGCGCUCGGCUUUACUCAACGCACCGAGGAAAGAAGGAUCGUGGUAUGAUGGCCUCUCAACGGACCCCGGUGCGGCCGGCAAGGUCACGCAGGCCGCCAAGGACUACGCGGACACCGUGGCCAACAACGACGUCCAGAUGGACGACGUGAUUGCCGUCAUCGACAGCGAGUUCGAAUACACGGACGUCGGCUUUUCGGUGGGCGCCGUCGAGAACAAGCCGGGCACGAACGUCAAGUCCUCGAAAAUCCUGAGCUACGCCUACCUCACGAAGAUGGACACCGAGACGGCGCUCAAGUGCUACGGCGAGGUCUACCGGGAGGUCAAGGCCGACCCGAACGGCGACUCGCACGGCAACAUCCGCGCGCUCAUGAAGGGCGGCACGGAGUGCGUCAAGUUCCCCUUCGGCCUGUCGCUGACCCCUAAAUUAGUGGCGGGCGACGAGGAGUACGACUCGGCGAAGGGCCUCGCGGCGUCGUCGGCCAUCGGCGCCGGCGACGACUGGGACGUCGACUCGGACAUCUGGAUCCCCGUCGACGGCGUCGAUUUGUCCUAA